AUGGAGCAGAGAGACGCCAUCAAAUUUCGUUUUAAAUUGAAGAAAACACCAAGUGAAACCCUCGAAUUGUUACAAAUCGCGUACGGAAAUGAAUUUCUUAGUCGUAGUAAAGUGUUCGAGUGGUAUGCGCGUUUUAAAGCCGGUCGGGAGUUGCUGGCAGACGAUCCGCGAGAUGGGCGUCCUUCCACUUCCGCCACUGAUGCGAACAUCGAGCGGGUGCGCGUUGGUGUGGCCUCCAAUCCACGUGCUACUGUUGAAAUGUUGGCCGACGAGUUUAACAUCAGCGAGGGAAGUGUUCACACCAUUCUAACCAAAAAACUGGUUAAGAGCAAGAUCUGUGCGAAGUUCGUUCCUAAUGCGCCAGAGCAAAAAAUUCGUCGAGUGGAAGCAUCGGAAACUCCUACCGAAAUGGCGGAUUCGGAUCCUUAUUCUUUGGAUAAAAUUAUCACGGGGUUACGAAUCAUGGUGUUUUCAGUACGAUCCUUCAACCAAACGACAGUCAAUGGAAUGGAGGGGUCGCAUCGAGGGGAGGCCGACCAAAAUUCGCGCGGUGAAAUCGAAAAUCAAGACCAUGUGAUGGCGUUUUUUGACUCUCAGGCAUUAUCCAUAGAGAAUUUGUGCCUCCAGGGCAAACAGUGA